AUGCCUUCUAUUGCCGUAUUGCCCACUCUUACCAAGACCCUCACCGACCUCAUGGACGAAGACUUGUAUGUGGCGCCCCAGGCCAUGCCGGGACUGCCUUACGAUGCUCUGAAUCCCGUAAACUUCCUCAAUACUGACUCGUUCAUCGACCAAUAUAGCCGCUUGAACGGUCUGAAUUCUGCCUUCACAUCUCUACAUAACGAACCUUACCAGCUUCUGCCCAUGGUGACUGGUGACAACAACUUGAACUUGAGACAGAUGAACAGUAAUCCGGUGGAGUCGCAGAACCCAGACCCUUCCCUAAUCCGCACAAUGUCGAAGACGGCUAGAAUGAGAAGCCGGAUCCAGACGCUAGAUCCUCACCUUCUCACGCUUCCCAACAAGCAAAAGGACGACGAGUCGUUCCUUUUCAACUCCGAUAUCCUGCCUCUGAACCUAAUGAACCCUAACUACUUCAACCCAGGCGAUGCCUUGGACAACUCCUUCUUUGUUCCAAAGAACGACGAUAUGUCCUUCUUCAACAUGAAUCAAGCCCCCAUUCCUGGCUACGAGGGUGACUACCUCCAGCUUGACGGCUUGGAGGAAGAUGCCGAGUACUUGAGUGAAGACUCCGAUGACGGCAACUACUUCCAGGAUGAAGAUGACGACGAUUACAUGGAUGACGACUACAAGUUCCCCGAAAUCAUGAACACCAUCCCAGUCCAGAGCGAUUACAUGAGAGUAUACCCGGCACCAACGGUGCACGACAUCAAGUUCAGCAACGAGGACUUGCAGUCUGCAGACCUGCUCAAUUUCGACAAGCCUUUGGGGCUCCAUCAGAUGGAACCUUCUAGAGACUUGGCCUUUUUGCAGCAGAGUUUUGAUGACCACAUGGAGACAUCUGAGCCAGAAGACAUUGAAGAGAUCUGCAAGCAGAUGGACUUGACCAUGCCCACGCCACAAACUAUGAAGAUGAAGAAGGACGAUGAUGAUGACUACGUGAGCUCUCAGUCGGAGGAAUCGCAGCCACCCACAAAGCCUGUAUCUCCUGUGACCGAGCACCACUACGACUUGUCGAAGCCUUCCGUCUGCACACUCUGUUCCAAGCACUUCAGUCGACCAUAUGAUUUGGUUAGACACGAGAAUACCAUCCAUGCUGCCAAGAAGAAGAUCUUCCGUUGUGUUAUCUGCGAAGGCAGAGCCGAUGGAGGAGCCGGCAAUGGAAAGCUGAAGACGUUCUCUCGUGGUGAUGCCUUGACACGCCAUAUCAAGAUGAAGCAUGGCUUGGAAGGCGCAGAUGCUGCCGAUCUCAUAGCUGCCGCCAAAGACAAUGUUGAGUACGUCAGGAACUAG